AUGGCCAAAGCAACAUACGCACCCUCCACCUUCUCCGAGACCUCAACCAUCUGCUCUUUUGAAAAGGAAUCCUUCGAAAAGGACCCCACCGUGACAGCAGCAGCAGCAGCACCCGCCGUCAAGGAACGUCGCUCCCUCCGAUCAAGAGUGAAGAGGGCCCUCCGCGAGGUCGGAAACCCGCCCACCUACCGUUACGACCGCGAGCACGGCAUCGAGACCAAGAGAACGGUGCCCGUCGGCCCCAUGGGGUACAACGUCCUCAACCAGCCCUCGCGCAUGUAA